AAUGGCGGACCCAGAUUCUAUAGAAGAUUUUCUAUCAUCUGAGAUAGAUGAGUAUGCAGUGAAUGCGUUAGUUGGCUCUUUAGAGUCUCAGUUAGCGUCUCCAACAAAUAAGGAACCACCAAGAACACUAUCAGACAGUGUUGUAAAUAACAAUCACGUAGACAACACAUCAACAAACAGUACCAGUGCUUCUUCACUUCCCCUGUUUUCUCAAAAUCUCACAAACGUUGGCGCUGGCCAUAAAAUAGUGUCACAGCAUAACAACAGCGCACUAAACUCACCCAUUAACUCUGAUGUGAAAGUCCAUACUACUGGAUCACAGAUUAUCGGUAUAAGUUCUAUAGAUUCUCAUUUAACCAGUGCUGGGGGUACCCACCAUGUUAAUGUAAACACUGUCAAUGCAGUGAGGGGCAAUGUAGUCAUUUCAAAUAAAGCCCCAAACACCCCACACACAGUACACAUUAUGGGACCUCAACAUAAUAAUGCAAUCAGUACAGGUGUGCCGAAUGCUCUUAUAAAUGCAGGAAGGUAUAUAAACAAUAUUGCUAAUAGUGAUGUGCAUACUGUGACAGCAAACAGUGUUACUAGCAGCAAUCAGAAUGUCACUCUUGGUGCAAUAUCUGGUAGUACAGCCAGCCACACAAUGCAUAAUCUUGCUAGUAUAGCAUCUGAGCAAAAACCAAUAAAGAACUCUCAUAAUGGGAGUCCUCAUCAACAACCAGUUGUGUACCAGAUUAAGCAGGAACCUUCCAAUGUGCAUCUUAACAAGAAUGACAGUGCGCCAAACUCGCCAUUUGUAAUGAAGCGAGAGGUCAAGCAAGAACAUUCGUUAAAUAAUAUGACGCAGUCAAGCAGUCCGGGCCACAUUCUGCCGGUGGUGACUCAAAUCGGGCAGAUGGUGAAUACGACUAUGAAACAACCUGGUUCCACCAACCCUAGUGUUAUCACAGUGCGGGCUCAGGCCCCGCACCAACAGGUUACGGUUGUGAGACCACCACAGACACAGAUUGUGAAUCUUAGUACGGUAUCGCCAGCAGGUCCCAGACCCCCUGGUGGUGCAUAUGCCAAGACAGGGCAGCGUGUUGUGACUCCUAUUCGAAUUGCAGCACACCAGCCUCAGAUCAGCAUUGCACCAAGACAGCCAGGUGCUACAUCUAAUACGAUCACUAUUCCAUCUGGUUUUCAACUACCACCCGGAACUCUUCUUAUGAGAAAUGAACAGGGGCAGCUCAUGUUGGUGUCAACUACGAACCAAGGAGGAGCCGGGCCACAUUCGGCUACAAAAAUACAGGCAGUCAGAGCAACCACAACACAACAGACCAGCAGGCCGACAGCUGGUCAGACGAUCAUGACUGUACAGCAGGGUCAGCCUCGCCAACACCAACCAAAUGUGCUACAACACUCUACACCAGUGGGUGCACCACAUCCCACCAGCUCUCCUCAUAAUAUACAGUUGGUUGGCACUCCGCAGGCAGUCACAACCAGUGCAUCUCAGAUGGGUCAAUUGCCGCUUCCUGUAUUUGAGAAUGUCAAGAAGUGUAAGAAUUUUCUCUCCACGUUGAUAAAGCUUGCGUCGAGUCAGCCGCCGGAAACUGUACGCAACGUUCGAGAUCUAAUUCAGGGCCUUAUUGAUGGGAAGGUCGAACCAGAAAUGUUUACUGAAAGGUUACAAGUCGAACUCAAGUCAUCUCCACAACCAUAUUUAGUCCCAUUUUUAAAGAAAAGUUUGCCCUUGUUGCGGCAGUGUUUGUUAAAUAACAAAAUGACGAUAGAAGGGGUGCGGGCGCCCCCUCCAGAAGUCCUCAAUCAGAUGCAGCACCAGGCAAUACAACCAGUUCCCAGUUCUUUACAGCAGCAAAUGCAGCCCGCCCAAAGAUUACCCAUCCCACAUAACAUACAGGUCAAGACAAAGGUUGGUGGCCAGGCUAUCUCCUCAUCUCCCCAUAUACAAAUCCGACCAGGCAGCAAGUCUGUAGCUCUUCACAGCAGUCCACAGGCCAUGCAGCCCCUGCAACGAAACAAACAGAACAUCGUUGGCUCCAUACCGUCCACAGUGAACGCCGCGGUGCAGGGGCACAUGGGAGCGGUCAAGGUGGAGGGCAGUCCCGUGUCUGCACACAAAGACAAACGGAAAUUUGAAUCUCUGAAGGAUGAUGAUGAUAUAAACGAUGUAGCAACAAUGGGUGGUGUUAAUUUAUCAGAAGAAUCUAAAAACAUUUUAGCAACCAAUGCAGAAUUUAUAGGAACCCAAAUCAGGUCCUGUAAAGACGAAACCUUUCUUUAUCAUGGUCCAUUAUUUAACCGGAUUCAUUCAAUAGCAAAAAAAUAUGGAAUAGAUGAAAUAUCACCCGAUGUUGUAAAUAUUAUAUCCCAUGCUACACAAGAGAGACUUCGAGAUGUCACAGAAAAAUUAUCUACAAUUGCAGAACAUAGAAUAGAAAUGUAUAAGGUGGACCCCAGAUACGAGGUAACAUCCGAUACAAGGAGCCAGCUGAAGUUCAUUGAAGAAUUAGACAAGUUGGAGAAGAAGAGACACGAGGAGCAGGAAAGAGAAAUUUUAUUACGGGCAAUCAAGAGUCGGUCUAAAAAUGAAGACCCAGAACAAUUAAAGCUCAAACAAAAGGCGAAGGAGCUCCAGGCAGCAGAAAUGGAGGAGAUGCGUCAGCGCGAAGCCAACAUGACAGCUCUGGCAGCCAUCGGUCCUCGGAAAAAACGUAAGCUGGAAGUACCAGGACAAGGAUCUGAUUCCAGCACCAGUCCAGUAGCAAAUGGUCCUGGCUCAUCCUCACUAAGGCCUUCUAUGUCCAGACCCAGGAUAAAACGUGCAAAUCUCAGGGACUUAAUAUUUUUGCUGGAGCAGGAGCGGUCCUCCACCAAGUCAAACAUACUCUACAAAACAUUCCUUAAGUGAAGCGUGAACACUGUGAAAUAAAACAAACAAAAAACAUGUUUUGCUAUUCCUACUGACGAGGCUCAGUUCCGUCGUCAGUCAGUGUUGGACUGCCACCGACACCCUGCUGUCCGGCAGUGUCAGUUGCCACGGUGAUGUGUGAGGUUGUUGGCGUCAUGCAGACAUAUCUGACUAACCUCUAGUGCUGUGUAGGGAAUAGUCUUCACCGGUAGUUUGACCACCUUUGUUCGGUCCGGCUUAGAGCCUAGUAACCAAUGGUGUUGGCUUCUUGAGGUGUAUGACCUAUAUGAUGAUAUCGUAGGACUGAUUUUCUCCCAACUGUUAAAAAGUUAAGAACCUUCUUUUUUUUUUCCCCCAGUACCUGUUAAGGAUGUCGUACUGGCAUUUCUAGCCUUGUUAAGUAUUUGAAUUGGCUGUUUCCACUAUGUUAAGAAUUUGGAGCUCAUGUCUCCAGUCUGCCUUGGUUAAGAAUGUUGUUUCAAUACCUGGUAACUGUGUUUCCAGAAUGUUGUGAUCAAGAGCUUUGUUCUAGAACUUGUAAGAAUUUGGAACUAAAGCCUCCAGUUGGUUAAAGUUAAGAAAUUAAAGUUUCAAGAUUUGGAACAUAAUCUCCAGUGUUAUAGUACCCGUUACAGAUUUGGAACUCAUGUUUCCAGUCCGUUAACUAUGGAACUCAUGUUUCCAGUCAAUUAACUUUGGAACUUGUGUUUCCAAUUGGUUUAGAAUGUCUGACCGAUAUUUCCAAUUUGUUAGGUUAAGAACUUUUGUUCUAGAACCUUGAUCUGAUGGUUCUAGACUUUUAUGUUGAAGGACUUCAGAAUCUAAGGCAUUUCGAACUGGGAUUUUCAAAUUUAAAACUGUCUGACACCUGUGAAGAACAUGGGUUUGGUACCAGGUGCAUCGUCAUCCGAGGUGGGAAAAUAUGAUGUUUUAUCGUCAUGCAAGUUGGGAUAAUUCGAAGUUUAAACUAUCAGCACGUAGAGGUUAGGAACUUGGUGGUGAUACGAUAGGAGAACUUCACAUAGAUACCGGCAGCUUGUAAAGGUUAAAAACGCCUGAUGUUGUCAGAUACGGUAAGGACACUGCACCAAGUGCAGUCAAACCUCUUGAAGUUGGUCAUGUGGUUCUGAAGCCAGGCAAGAAGUUAGGGACGCUACACGUGUGAAGGCUGUGUGUGAUUGUGAUAAAACAGUGAUAAUUUGAUGUGUGAUAAUCUUUAAAAGCAGUAACAGUGCGGUGUACUCAUCAAGCUACGAGUAGCUAGAGAGUCACCAGUCGAUGCAGCAUCAAGACUGAAGAUAAAAAUUGAAGCAGCAAAUUUAUAGACAUGGAGAACAAAGAGAGUCAAUGUUAUCGCAAUAAUAGGACAACGCAAGCAUAGGGCUUGCUCGUAAAUUUUGGCAAGCACUGCAUACAAAACUUGAGAGUCUUGUGUGUGAAGUAAAUUUAGAAUUUACUGUGGUGAUGGCAUUGGAUUGUGGUUCUUUUAAACGUUAAAUUUAUUAUGUUUAUCAGCAGUGUAGGCAGGUACAUUUACUGUGCACUGUUCAUGAGUGAAAAAAAGUAAAAAUGAACAAACAAAUAGAUCUCUCGUUUAUAAAUUUUGGGUUAAAGUAAAUCGACUUCCAUCUUAUAAUAUGUUGUAGCCUUUUUUGAAGUGUUUGCUGAAAUUUACAGAAUAUGCAAAUGUUUAAAUACUAGUUCAACAGAUGUGAAAUAUAAUUUUGAAGAGUUGUUGCUGAAAGUUGUCUUAUUUGAUCUUUUUAACUUUUUUUCUUUUUUUUUAUCACCAUAAGAGCAAAGGAUUCUCUCUUCCUCAGGAAAUCUUUAAAUAUAUAUAUAUAUAUCAAAGAAAAUGGUAGAUUGUUUUUUAACUGGUGUAAAUAUCAGGGAAUUUAGCUGUUAUUACUCUUGCCAGGGUGGGUGGAAUCUAGCUUAAUUGGUAAAGCUCUUGUUUGAGAUGCUUUCAUUUUAGGAUUGAUCCGUAAGUGGACCCAUUCUCUGAUUGGGUGUUUUGUCCGUCCCAACCGGUGCUCCACAACUGGUAUAUCAAAGGCUGUGGUUUGUUGUGUCCUUUCUGGGGAAGUCCAAUGUCUGACAUCCAAUAGCUGAUGGUUAGGAAAUCAAUAUGCCCUUGUGGUAUUGUUAAACCAACAUUUUAACUUUAAUUGCUGCAGAGUUUUUAGUAUACAUUACUAUAGUAUUGGAUAGUAAUAUCCGAAAAUACUUUCCUCAAACUUCAACUUUCUUAGGAGAUCACAAAAUUUAAACAUUGAUUGAAAGCAGUUUACAAGCAACUUAAACAAAAACAAUGUACAGGCAUAUUAGAAAAUUGGGGUAACUUGUGGAAUCCCAGUAUGACACAAUAUUAGAAACCCUUUGCUGCAAGCUAUUUAUAUUGUGUCCCCUUUAUGUAUUUCAUUCUGACCAGCAAAACAUAAAAUAUCUGCUUGUGUGCACAUAUCUGCUUGUGGGACUCCUUGAUGCUGUGGGUUUACAUUUAUAACACUACUGAUAGAAAUAACUGUUAACUUUGGCCUUGUUCAGUACCAUAGUUAUUUCCAUCAACCCAUUCUUGGACUAGGCUCACCCUGUACAUUGGCAAAUUAGCCAAUUGCUAAUUGUUAUACAAAGUGGCUACAAAAUUUAGGCUUUGAUUAAUAAUAUUUUAUUUAAAUCGGCCACUUUUGAAUAAUUUUCAAAGAAAGACUACAUAUCUGAAAACUGGCAGAAAAAAAUAAAACAAAAUAUCCAGUGUGAGCCCUGCUUGGUAAUUCAGGGUUUUCUUGAAGGGUUUUCUUGAAGGGUUUUCAAUUAACAUUUUCUGAACUAAGGUUACCUAUUUGGAUGUUUCCAUUGUUUUAACCUUUUGAAUAUUUGACCUUCACAAUGAUGUUGAAAAAGAAAGUAUGUCGUAUUAGUUUCUUUCGAGUUAAAAUAUUUAGUCUAAUAUUCUAAUUAUUACUAUUAGCUAUAGAAAAAGUUUUAAAUAGUUUUAGGAUAAAUUUUUCUACUGUGUAAUCCUUGCACAAAUAUAAGUGAUGUUGGAGUUAUAAAAUUUAAGUUUAUAAAAUUGUAGAACCUAUGAUAAAUUAGAAGGCAUUAUUGCUUUUACAUUAUGAGACCAUGCUAGAUAUAGGAAAAGGAUUAUUUUGCCCCACUUUUAUUGUUACACUACUGACCAUUUAAUUUUAUUGCAGUUUAUUUAACUAUACAGAUCUCGAAUGACGACACUGACGGCAAUUGCCAUUGUUGAGAUAUAAAUUGCUGAUGGUCGGGAGCAUCACCGAUGGCACAACUAUCGCAAAAUGUAUACACCUGAUGUACAUUAUCUGUCAGGGUUGUGUAUUUGAAAUAUGUCUACAUACAGCAAAAUAACCUUUUGGUCAUGUUUAUUUGCUGCAAAAGUAACUUUAAAAAAAAUAUAUUGUAAACGGGGUCAAAAUUGUCAUCGGUGGGUCAUUUUCACCUAUGGCAAUUAAACAAAAAAUUGCUGUGAGAGACCAAUUCUUAAUUUUGAGCCCUGCCAUAUAACAUAGAUUAGGUUUGCAUCACUACCAUCUCCCAUCUACAUUUAAAUCAGAUUAAUUUUUAUUAAUUCACUUCAUACCUACGUGUGUAUGUAGCCUUAUUUUUUGGAAUAUUAACGACUGCAAACAUAUUAUCAUUCAUCUUUGGAAUCAGACUCUAUUCCCACCUAGUCAUAUUGGUGAUAGCAGGGAACAUUUUGUUUUAAACAUAUGUUUAGUGAUAUUUGAAAAUUGAGUAGCAAUAACUAUUGAACAUUUUAGAAUUGUGUAGUGAUCUCUGAAAUUUGCGAUACUGAACAGAAUGUUCCCUGGAUAGUGUACCAUGCUUGGCUGUUGCAACUGUCAGUAUUAGUUCUUUGAACAUGUACACAUUUACCGUCAAAUUUAUUUGUAUUAUUCCACCAUCUGUCGAUUUCUUCAAAGCUUCAGUGCAUCUGCAUGAAUACUUGUCAAAAGACUGGACUGAAAUUUAAUUACAUGUAUCAUUAUGUCUUUAUCAAAUAUCUUUUUUUUACUUUUUUUUUUUUUUAUAAACCACUUGUAUUUUAUAUUUGAUAUACAAUGAAACCUCUCAAAACUGGACCCUCUGUAAACCAGAUUUCCCCCAAAACUGGUCUUUUUUUAAAAAUCAGUACAGAAAUUAACAUAUCUCAACCGGAUAACUCCUAAAACGGGGCAUUUGACUUGGUCCCCAGGGAGUCCAGUUUAGAGGGGUUUCACUGUAUAUUAGAACAUUUUCAAAAAUAAGUUGCCUGAUUAAUAUAACGGCUGUUUUAUUUUAUAUUACUUUGUUUCUUUUUUUUUCUACAUUAUACAUAAUUAUAAUCUGUAUCUAACUUAAUACUAAUCAUAUAUUAUGGUCUCAUUUAUUAUGAAUGGACUAUUUUUAUUUUGAAAUUAAUAACUGGACCAACAGUGUGAAUACAUUUGAUCCAAUACAUUGAUAAUGAUAUGAUUAGGGUUGGACAAUUUUGCAUAGAUUAGUAUGAGCUUCAUUCAUGUUAGUAAAACUUGUACGCUCUAGUCUCAUGCUCACUUUAUAAUUGUCAUGCAGCUUUACUUCCACUUCACAAUUAGAUUCUUUAAAUUGGCACAGACCCUGGUGAACAAAUUAUGAAACAAAAGCAAUAAAGGCCAAUCUUUAAAGAAAAUUUAAUAAAAUGAGUUAUUUAUGAUAACGUGACAAACUCAUAAAAGUCAUUUAUUUUCCCUUGAAUAUAUUUUUAAUAUUAAAAUGGCAACAAGCUACAUUUAACAUGGUUCAACUUACAGGAAACCAAACAUUGUUUUAAUGAAGUGUGAUCGAUGUUUCAGCAAGAUCGGAUGUCAAUUUUGGGAUUUGUUCUCAGCAGUAUCUUGUUUGUGUAGAAUAAUUGUAUGUUAAUUUGUGUAUCUGUUACUAUUAUUAUUAUUACAAUGAUAAAUAAUUCUAAAGAAAAGUAAAGUGGUGGGUGUAUACAUUUUGUUUUUCUAAUUAUGUUUAGAAAAUUUACCUAAGAAAACUUCAAUACCCGGUACUAAUGAGAAAACAGAUUUUUAUUUUGUUAUAUUUCAGAAAGUAGAAAUCGUCACCAAAACCUAGUUAUUAUUAUGCAUAUAUAAGUAAUAUGAAUAUUUUAUUGUCUAAGGAAAGUAUCUUUAGGACAAAUCCACAGUGAUGUUACGGUUUUAACCAAUUUUUUAUUUCAAAUACCUGUAUUUCUUAUUAGAUUCAUAUCUGGUUCUGUGCUUGUAAAACUCUUAGGAGUCUUGAUGACAGACUUUAUACUUUAACACCAUAGCAACACUACAAACUGUAUGUGUAUAAUGCCAUUACACAUUUGAGUAUGGACUUAACUUUUGUAAGCAUGGGCCUAGUUAACCAUAAACAGUUUUUCAGAAAGAAAGAAAUAUUUUUAUUUAACGAUGCCCUCAACACAUUUUAUUGACGGUUAUAUGGCGUCAGACAUAUGGUUAAGGACCAUACAGAUAUUGAGAGAUGAAACCC